AUGGCUGCUUCCAGUGGCGACACGCUUUUCGAAUCGGCAGUAACAAAAAUCUUGAAAAGCUGGACAGUUUUGGAGCUUGCAAUAAACCAUGGAUUUGGUGGUGCCCACUCACAAGAAAAGGGAGAUUGGAUGGUCUAUGCUGUAUGCCAGUGGUUUAAAGAAAACGAUGGCAUAGAAGCUUAUGAACUUGAGGACUUUUUGGCAGAUGUUCUGAACACAGAAUUUGAUACAAUUGCAGAGGAUGGGAGUUUAAUUCAGAUCUCGGAGAUGAUCUGUAAAAUGUACAGUCUGUGUGCCUCUGGUCAGACUAUUGAUGUUGUAGAGAGACUAAAAUUGCUUCCAUCACCUCAAGUUCAACACUGUGUUUCUGCCACAGUGUGCCAAGAAGAGAAUGAUGAGGAAACUGGGGAUGUGUUUUGUAAUGGUAGCUCAGAUGUGUCUGGUUCCCAUGAAAACGGUGUCCCAGCAGCACAGACCACAAGGGCAGAUAACUCCCAUCAGGAAGAGGAAAUGGACACAGGUGAUGUGGAGGCUGAUGAUGGGUGGACAGUUGUGAAGAAAGGCAAAAGGAGAUGAUACUGAUAUUGAGUUCAUUUUACAUAUAUUUAUUUAGUUUUUAUGGAUAGAUUGUAUGAAUGUCAUAUAGUGUAAAUAUUAACCAUCCUCCUUUUAGAGUGAAGUACCAGUAAAGGAAAUCACUGAGAAAAUUUCAAAUUCAAGUUUUAAUACCUUUAUUUUAGGCCAUAAAAAUUAAUGAAAUGUUUCUCAGAAACUUUCUGGGGGGAAAAAAUGGGCAGGCAAUAUAUAAACAUUGGCAUGUUAAUGAAAUUCAUUGAAGUUUGAGUUGCGAGAAUAAGUAGUUUUUAGAACCUAGUAAAAAAAGUUUUUAAAUUGAUUGUAUAUUAAAUCUUCAAUAAAAAUAAAAUUUAAAAAAGUAGCCUCAUUGUGAAUGUAUCCGGGGAAAUAAAUGCUUUUCCACCCAUUUUUUCAGCAACAAAAAAAGUGAGAAACAAUUUUUUUGGCCUUAUGUUAGUAUUGGUUAUUAUUGUUUUUUAUUGGACUGAAUAAAAAACUUUCAGUACUUGAAUUGUGUGGUGGACAGUAUUGGUAAUUUUUUGAUGCCAGUUAUGUCAGUUUACAUGCAUUUUCACUUGUGAACAAAACUCUUGAACUAAUUCUACCUGUUCACAUAAACAUGCUAUUCCAAGAUUAUGAAUAAGUAGGCCCACAGUGUAUGGUUUCAUCACUGACACUUAGGAUGAUCAAAAUAAACCAGCAAAUAUUAUUUAACAUUUAGCUACAUUUAAUUCAAAUGAAAUCUAUAAAAGGGUGGGGAGCACUUUAUCCAGAUAUUAUUCAAUAAUAUGUACUUCCCAGCUACCUACAUAUAUUUAACUUUUGACUUGAAAAUGUGGUGUUUGACAUUGAAAGUAAAUCUAGUGAGCUAUCCAAUCAGACAGGAGUGCUAAAUCUGCUCCAACUAACAACUUAAAUGUUUUCCAGCCUUUUCUACCUUUAUUUUCGAAGAGCAUACAGGUAAAGGCUAUUUCAAUACCUUUGUAUGUAUAGCAUAGUCAUGAGAAUAGGGUUUUUUUUUUUAAAUUUUCACCAAGAAAAUGCAAGACAAAUUAUUAAGAUGGGAAAUAGGAAAUGGCCAUAGCAGCACACGGCAAUGUUUUGUAGUCUUAAAUUAAUGUUAGGUUAAGUGACAUUGUCCAGGUGCUAAAGGGUGAAUGUAACAGGGUGAUAUAUAUGCAAUAUCUCUACCUCUGGGCCGGGGGAAUUUGACUUUAGUAUGGUGGUAGAUCGCUGGUUCAAAUCUCCAGUUGCUGAGCCUCGUCACAUUUACUGUGUUUAAUUUAGUGUGAGAAGACCACGGGUGAGAACUGUUUCAUUCUGUAUUUGUCAAAUAAACCUAUUAUGAUAGACAGUGUUAUGAAAAGAAGACAGUGUAUGAAAUGUACUGAAAAUGUGUUGCUUUCUGUGCACUAUUGUUUCAUUUGUUGUCAUCUUCUAUUCUUUACAUGGAAAUGACACAUGGGUAUGCCAGGUGUAUGUGGAGGCAACAGCUUAAAAAUUUCAUUGUUGGAAACCUACUGUAAUAUGAAAUGGUGACGUUAGAUGCAGACUGAUUCUUUCUAGCUCACAUCUGUUAUAGGUUAUAUUUUCAUCUUUUUGGACACCAUACUACUUUAAAACUUAUAUGCAAAUCAGCAUGAGGUAAGAGAUAAUUGAUUGUUUUGGUUUAGGUUAAUUACUUAUUUAUUUUAUUGGUGUUUUACGUUAUAGCUUCUUUCAGAGGCAUUUAGGAAUUGGGAUGGUAUAGAUUGACAGAGGCAUUACUUAUGGAUAACAAUUCCUGGAUUUAUUGUGU